CUCUCUCUCUCUUUCUCUCUCUCUCUCUCUCUCUCUCUCUCUCUCUCUCUCUCUCUCUCUCCAAGUUUCGGUCGAUUUCUCUUCCGUAAUGCUUGAUCUGUGUUAAAUUUGGCUCAUUUGAUCCGGUUCCGUGAGUUUUCCGCUGUUUUUUGGGGUGAAUUUGGUCCACUUUGGGGCGGUGGGGAGUCGGGGAAUGCUGGCAGCCGUGGAGGGCGGGAUGAGUGGCGGAUUCCGGCAGAGCUGCGGGGAGAGCAGCGAGGAGGAGCUGUCGGUGCUGCCGCGGCACACCAAGGUGGUGGUCACCGGGAACAACCGGACCAAAUCGGUGCUCGUCGGCCUCCAGGGGGUCGUCAAGAAGGCCGUGGGGCUCGGCGGCUGGCAUUGGCUGGUUUUGACAAAUGGAAUAGAGGUAAAGCUGCAAAGAAAUGCCCUUAGUGUGAUUGAAGCCCCAACCGGCCACGAGGAAGAUGAUGAUCUCGAAGUUCACAACAUGCAGUGGAGUGGCUCAUAUAUGGCAUCUGAUGAUACACAUACACAAAAGCCUCCAAAGUUGAGGACCAAGCACCAUAAAGGAUCUUCUAUUAAAUCCUUGAGCCGGUCUCACUCUUCUGAUUCGCAAUCUAAGGGAUCCGGUCUAUCCUCAAGAAACAACAUGAAAGUUGACUUGAGCAAGCUAGAAACAACAGCACUGUGGAGAUAUUGGCGUCACUUUAAUCUUGUGGAUGCCAGUCCUAACCCCUCUAAAGAGCAAUUAAUUGAGGUAGUUCAGAGGCAUUUCAUGGCGCAGCAAUUGGAUGAGUUGCAGGUAAUCGUAGGGUUUGUGCAGGCUGCAAAGAGGCUCAAGACCAUCUGCAAUUGAUCGGCGGACGACCCUGCCGCAUUCAAUCUAACAGAUUGGUGCCAGGCCUUUCGACGGCCAUAGCUACGUGUACAACAACAUGCUGAGUGCAGAGUUUGGCUGUAGGAACUCGGAAGAAAUCAGAUUAGUAGGUUCUAGAGGUAGUAUCUUGCUAGUCAUACAAUGUAUAUAUGUACACCGGCAAAGACCAUCGGCUUUUGACACUGCCCACGAUACGUUGCUGACUGACUGGGAAAACAACAGAUGUUUUCUUUGGAUUAUGAAAGCUUAGAAGCAUUGCCGAGCUUACCAAGUUGUACUGGUUUUUCUAUAACUGAGUCGUGGUUGUGGUUUGAAUGCAUGCAGCUGGUUUGUGACUUGACAAAGAA